AUGCCACGAUCACCGCCGCAGAAAGCUUCUUCCAUAGCCGCGACGCUCCUAGUUCAAAGAUGCACGGCGACAACCUCCCUUCGGAGAGCGCGUCAGCUCCACGCCUACCUUCUUACCACCCAACGCUCCCCAAACGUAACCGAAUCGUUUCUGCACAACAACAUUCUGUUCAUGUACGCCCGAUGCGGUUCUUUCGAGGACGCUCACCAAGUGUUCGACAAAAUGCCUCAAAGAAAAGUCGUCUCUUUCAACGCCCUGAUCUCUGCCUAUUCCCGUAGCCGGCACCACGCUCAUUCGGCUUUCCCUCUGCUCGAUCGGAUGCGGCACGAGCUCUUCUCUUACAACGAAUUGACAGCCACAAGCAUUCUGCAGGCCUCCGCCGUAAUUGGAGACCUGGCCGUUGGUUCUUCGCUGCACGCAUGGUCCUUGAAAUUGGGAUUUUUGGAUAAUGUCCACGUCCAGACAUCUUUACUCGGGAUGUACUCCAAGUGUGGGGAUGUGAAUUGUGCCGAGAAAGUUUUCAUUCACAUGAUCGAUAAAGACGGCGUGGCGUGGAACUCGAUCAUCUCUGCAUACGCGAAGAACGGCAGAUUUUUGAAAGGUCUUCAAGCUUUUGGGAAGAUGUUAAGAAAUGGUGUUCAAGCUUCCUCAGUUACGUACUCAUUGCUGUUGAAUGCUUGUGCCAAAUUCGAAGAUUAUGAUCGAGGGAAGCUUGUCCACGCACAAGCAUUGCUACAGGGCAUCUAUGCCGAUUUGCCGUUGCAGAAUGCGCUUCUCGACAUGUACUGCAGCUGCCGCAACACUGAUGCAGCUUUUGCUGUCUUUGCAAGAAUUAACAAUCCUGAUUUGGUUUCGUGGAACUCAAUGAUGGGUGGGUAUUCGGAGAGUGGAGAUGGAGAGAAGCUAAUGAAUAUGUUUGUGCAGUUGUUGCGAGAAUCGCCUUUCAAACCGGAUGAGUAUACGUUCCUAGCUGUUGUUUCUGGCACAGUUGGAUUCCCGGCUCGUGCUUGCGGGGAACCGGUCCACGCGUUAAUUGAAAAAACAGGGGUUAGUGGAAAUGUGUACGUUGCGGGUGCUCUUGUAUCGAUGUAUUUCAGGAACGAUGAUUCCUUGUCGUCGCAGAAGAUAUUUAGUUUGUGUGCAGAUAAAGAUUCUGUUCUUUGGACGGAUAUGAUUGCCGGGCAUGUUAAAAUCGGUGAAUGUGAGGAUGCCCUGAAAUUCUUCCAUGGAAUGUACCUCGAAGGUUGCGACCUCGACAGCUUUGCGCUGAGUAGCGCCUUGAGUGCGUGUGCUGAUCUUGCGACAUUAAGACAGGGGGAGAUGAUCCAUUGUCUGGCCAUCAAGACCGGAAGUGAAAGCGAGGAUUGUGUGUGCAAUGGUCUGAUUGAUAUGUAUGCUAAAAAUGGGGAACUCAGAGCUGCGGCGCAGAUGUUUUCUUGCCUGCCUAACGGCGACUUGAUGUGCUGGAACUCGAUGCUUACGGCAUUCGGACACCAUGGAAUGGCGAAGGAGGCGUUUCAAAUAUUUUACCAGAUGCUAAAGCGCUGGCAUUUGCCUGAUCAAGUGACGUUCCUAUCUCUUCUAUCUGCUUGCAGCCAUUGCGGGAUGGUAGAUGUGUGCAGAUAUGUAUGGAACUUGAUGGAUGAGCACAGCCUGCAACCGGGGCGCAAGCAUUAUUCGUGUGUGAUAGGUUUGUUGAGUCGAGCCGGGCUGUGGGAGGAGGCUGAAGAAAUGAUCAAUCGAUCGCCUUUUCGAGAAGAUUAUGUUGAAUCGUGGAGAAUGAUCCUGAGCUCCUGUGUUAGGAGAGGAAAUCUGCAAGUAGGAAUCUACGCGGCCGAGAAGAUAUUGAGCGUAUGCGUGGAUGACUGUGCGGCGAAUAUUCUGAUUGCGAAACUGUAUGCUGCAUCAGGGAGAUGGAAUGAUGUUAAGGAGACUUGGAGAAGAAUGAGGCAUUUGAUGGUGGAAAAAGAUCCUGGAUUGAGCUGGAUUGAAAUUCAGAACAAUGUUCAUGUGUUUGGUUCUGGAGAUCAGAGUGGUGAAAUCAAAGAUGUGUUGGGGAAGAUGAUAAUGGCAGAGGAAAUCGAAGCAUUUUGAUCUUAAACAGAGUGUUCAUGGCGGAUGGAAAUAUUAAUUAGUAAUCAACAAUCUGCAGGGAAAAGAUGCAAACUGCAAAACCUAACGACCAUGGAAAACCUUGAGGUGUACUUAUCGGACAUGGAUUGCCUUGCCCCUAACCUAAUUCUCCACAUUACAGUACGGACAUGGAAAGCUCGAUCAUAUUCAUUUUCAUUUUCAUUACAAUCUUUGUUGUUGUUCUAUUUCAUGAAAUUUCCGGGCGUGGAAAUGGCGAGAUCCGGUAAAGUGAAGCAGUCGCCGCCAGCAACGAGUCCAGCCUCGCCAUUCUCAAACUGCCACGUGUGCCCUACCAUGCCUGAUCCCAUAACGUUACCGGCGCCGGCGUCGCCUCCGUUCUCGGCGACGCCGGGAAUUGGGCAGAAUGCCCUUCCGAGCCCGAAGCCCAUAUCGUCGAGUCCAGGCCCGAGCCCGAACCCGAGUCCGCCUAAGGCUAAGAGGCUCGUGCCUUGGUUGCUCAGAAGGUUCGUGAAGCUUCCGCACAUCUUGGCGUCGGUGGCGAACGGAGUCGCGCCGCCGUGGUCGACGGCGGUGGCUAAGGGGACGAGGAAUGGAGAGGCGGCUACGGGGUAGUUCCGGAAGUCGUGAUGAGGGGAGGAGAAGAGGGCGGCGGCGGCGGGGUUGGCGGAGACGGAGGAGAUAUUAGUGCGCGAUCUCUUGGCGUUCUUGCGGCUGCCGCCGCCGACGGGGAUGUCGCGGAGAGUGCCCCCGUGGGUCCAGUAGCGGCGGCAGGAUUUGCAGAAGUGGCGCGGCUGAGAGAAGUUGUAGUUGUUGUAGUAGCAGAACUUGGUGUUGGUUGAGUCGCAGCGCGGGCAGGGCAGAUGCUCCGGCUCCGGCGGUGGCGCGCCGACCUGGCUCUGCCUCGCGCCUUUCCUUUCGGCUGCGUCCGUCGUCAUGUUUUUCUCUCUAGCUCGGUCGGCUUGGCAGUUUGGUCGUCUCGGGGGGGUUUUAUGAUGGAGUAGUAAGAGAGAGAGAGAGAGAGAGAGAGAGAGAGAAGGAUUGGUGUGUGUGAGCUGAGCUGAGCUGAGGUCUGAAAAUGAGGAACAGCUUUUUGCAGAGGUAAUUGUUGAGAGGAAGGCAUGCAAACAGUCGGCUGGAAGCAGGCUUUGUUUGGGUCGGCUCCUAAAUGGAGGAAUAUCUGCACCUUUAUAUAGUGUUUAUUUGUUUUAACUUUAAAAUGAAGGUGAAUGAAUUAGUGAAUGUCCGAGGUGAUGAUGAUAGAGUGGGUAUGCUUGUCUCACGUAUAUAAUCAUCUAUCAUGAUUAAGGUAAGGUAAUUAAUUAGAUACCCUGUGAUUGAUUAUUAGUGAGAGGGGUGGGGUGGGAAAAUGACGAAAGAAGUUGAGUGAUGGAGGGAGGAAUAAGUUGAUUGAUGAAUUGGGGUGGGAGGGGACAGAGAGGGGAUAGUAUGAUGGAUGUCGGAAUAGCGUGGGUGGAUGAUAUCUGAUCCUUCAGAACAGAACAAUUAUUGGAUAGGGAUAGGAAUAGGAAUGGGAAUGGGAAUAGGAAUAGGAGUAAUAGUAGUAGCUUCUGCAUCUCCCGUCGUUUUCUGAGACUCAGACUGGGACUGAUAGCAGUAGCAGCCGAGCCGGAUUUCUCGUUCCUGUGUUCCCACCCCACCUACUACGUACCAGUACUACUACUACUACUAAUCUGCAAAUUCUAUAUAUAUGUAUGUAUGUAUAUAUUCUCCCUGCAUCACGCCCCUCCAUUCGUACAGAAUCAAUCCAUGCAUGCACUAGGUCACGCGCACAGCACGCCCCUGUUCCCACGACUGUUUCCCACACUACUUACAUCUCCCAUGCAAUAUUUUUUCUUUUUUUUUGUUUUCGAUAGAGCCUCUCCUCCCUCUCACAUAAAAUUUGUCAUUCAUCAUAAUGCAUUGCUUCAAUUAUUUGUAGCCAUAAAAAAGUACAUGCCCUCUGUUGUGUACUCCAUCAUCAAUACAUACAAACAUAUGCAAACACAACAUAUGUGUGUUUCUAGAA